AUGAUCGUGCAGCAUUUUAAGUAUGCGUUGGAGGGACAUGAUUUCGUCAUUUUCACGGAUCACAAAUCAUUAACGUUUGCGUUCAGGCAAAUUAGUAAGAAGGCAUCACCUCGUCGUGCAAGACAGCUGGAGUUUAUUAGUCAGUAUUGUACUGAUAUCCGUCAUCUGGCUGGUGCUGUUAAUACGGUGGCUGACUCUUUGUCUCGGGUUGCUGCGGUUCGGCUGGAGGCAAAUGAGAUUGAUUUAAUUGCUGAGGGGCAAAAGACUGAUGCAGAGUUGCUCGCUCAGCUGCAGAACCAGUCUGAAGAUGGUGUUGGGUUGAAAAAGUUGAGGUUGCCGGAUUCGGGUAUUGAAUUGUACUGUGAUGUGUCAGGCAGUCGUGUUCGGCCUUUUGUCCCUGCAAACUGUCGGCAGCUGGUUCUUACAAAACUCCAUGCUUUGGCUCAUCCUGGUGUUUUUAUUAAAUCUGAACUGAAAGUUGGAGUUAUUUACGUAAAGGAAGAUCAAUAUUCCGAGGAACAAAUUUUAGAAAACAAUGAAAACUCCAUUCAUUUCGAUGAAUUUUUAACACUUUUUGGCGAUCGCGUGCGGCUACGCGGUUUUGAUAAAUACAAAGGUGGUCUGGAUACAGUACAUGAUUUAACAGGUCUAUAUUCAGUUUACACAAAUUGGCGUAAUAUUGAGAUAAUGUUUCAUGUUUCAACUCUCCUGCCAUAUGAAAAGCAUGAUCCCCAAAAACUACAGCGUAAAAGACAUAUUGGUAAUGAUAUAGUUUGCGUAGUUUUUUUGGAGGCUGACAAUACAAAAUUUAGCCCGGCUUGCAUUAAAAGUCACUUUCUACAUACCUUCAUACUAGUUCGUGUAUCAGCUCGCAUUAAGCACAAGCCAACACGCUAUGAAGUAUCAGUAGUUACACGUGAUGAAGUGGGUGCUUACAAACCAUAUUUAUGGGAACAGUCAGUUUUUGAAAAAGGACCAAUGUUUCGGGAAUGGUUGUUAACGAAAAUAGUUAACGGGGAGCGCGCUUCGUAUUCAGCACCGAAAUUCGCACGUAUGCAGGAACGAACUCGUUCUCAAAUGCUGGAAGAUUUGGUCAUGAAUCUAUCAAAUCACGCGGAAACCGGCCAAAUACCGAAGCCUUAUCGUAGAGGUUCCUGGCGACCCAUUGGUGAGGAUGAAUAUAUCAAAAUGUUGCAUGCAAGAGUUUUAAGAAAGGUUUCAGAUACGCAACAAACGUCACCGAUGGACGUUGUUGUGGAUGGUAAACCUUAUGCUUCAUUCCCUCAUAAGUUGGAAUAA